UGAAAGGAAGGUGGUGGAAAUGUUUGUCGAAGGUCAAUUUCGAUAUUUAAUUCUCGGAGUUUUCGGACUAUUGGGUUUAUAUUUUACCUUAGAAAGGGAAGUACCAGUGUUUAAAACAAAAGAGAUAUUGGGCAACAAGCCAUGCAUUUCAAAAGCAAGACCAUUACAUUUAUCUGACGGUUAUGACCCCAAGGACACCACGCCUAUGCGACUCGUUGUGGCAUACUUCAGGAGCGGAUCCACUAUGACUGCAGACCUCAUACGCCAUAUUGAUGAUGACUUCUAUCUCUUUGAGCCCCUGCACGACCUCUCCUCGGCGCUUCUUAAAUUCAAAAACAAAACAAGCAUUCAGUUCCUAAAUGGAACUCGAAGGUAUUUUUCAACUGGGGACAUUGAAAAAAUAUAUCCAGAGAUGAUAUUCAAUUGGUUUGCCUGUAACUUUAAAGACCUUGACUUGAAUGGUCUAACUAAUUCAUUCAUACCCUCAUUUACACCCGAACAUUCGGAUUACAUCAAGUGUGUUCGAUUAUUCCAUGGAAAAUUCUCUAGAAUGAAGACAACAAAGAAAUGUGUCCAUUUGCUGCGCAAACGAUGUUUGACCGCCAAAACUCGGACUAUUAAAACAAUCCGAUUCACAAUGUCUAUGACAGAAAAACUCCUAGCAUGGUUACCAGGACUAAAAAUUGUUCACUUAAUACGAGAUCCCCGUGGCAUUUUAAAUUCUCGUUUCGAGAAAAAUGUUGAAGUCAUGAAUUUACAAGUGGCGGCAGAAGAACUAUGUGACCAAAUAUCUUCAGAUGUAACACUAUAUAAUGACAUUGAAUCGUGUUACAAGGACAGAAUGAUGCGUGUUACCUAUGAGGAAAUGUGUCAAUCUCCAUUGAUAAUAGUUUCAAAGAUUUAUAGAUUUCUAGGAUCUCGUUUUACAGACCACGUCAAGGAUUACAUAGAUCAAACUUUGAAGGGACCAAUUAAGCACUGUGGAUAUUGUACAGAUCGAGGAAACGCCCUGGCAAACGCCUAUCGAUGGUUAACUGUCAUUGAAGAAGACUCUUUGAAUGUCAUUGACCAAAACUGUUCAUUCUUGUACAAACAGUUUGGCUAUUUUCAUUUACAAUAUGAUAUUCUGGCCGACUUUAAAAUUCAUGGCAAAACAAGCAGAAGGAUUAAGAUUAGACCUUAACACCAAACACGUCAACCUCACAUAGACUGAGAUACUCGGUUGUCAUGGAGAUCUGGACGUAUCUCCCAAACGACGAAGUGGGACAGUCGAUGGCGACCAGCUGUGACAAACUACCGGGACCAGCAAAGAAACC